AUGCGAGGUAUAGCCUUGGCACUAGGUGCGCCGUCGGAUGCUUUCCAAGGCGGAACGGCGGGAGAUCCCUUCUGGUAUCUCAGGCUGAUUGGGUAUCCAGCCCCAGCUAGUAUUCCACAGGAGCAACGCACUGAUACUGGAUGUGGAGCUCACACGGAUUACGGCCUUUUGACACUGGUUAACCAAGAUGAUGACAUUUGUGCUCUUGAGGUCAGAAACCUGUCUGGCGAGUGGAUACAGGCGAAGCCAGUCCCUGGAACCUUUGUGUGCAACAUUGGUGACAUGCUAGAGGUUUGGUCUAAUGGAAUAUAUCAGCCCACACUCCAUAGAGUUUUCAACGACUCCCUUCAUUACCGUGUAUCUGCUGCCUUCUUUUACGAGUCAAACUUCGAUGCCGUGGUUGAGCCCGCGGAGCUAUGCCGGGAGAAAACGGGUGGCGUUGCCAAGUACGACAAGGUGGUGUAUGGGGAGCAUCUGGUCAAGAAAGUUCUGAACAACUUCGUGCUGUAA